GCUCCGACAUCUCAACUCAUGCAUUCGACAUUGAGACGGAUCUGUUCGGCGAACGGCCUGUAACGGCGGCAAGUAUAACACCAGAACAAGCACUUAUUCACAUGAUGAAGUGUAUGAUGGGUACUGGAAUGCUUUCUUUGCCGCUGGCCUUCAAAUAUUCAGGAUGGGCGUUGGGAUUGAUUUUACUGACCAUAAUCUGCUGGCUUAGCACUUAUUGUGCGAGGCAAUUGGUUAUUGCAUCGCAUUACACGUGCUUUAGGAAAGGACAGCAGAAAAUGGAUUAUGCAAAUGUUAUGAGAACAGCUGUUGAAUUAGGACCCGAAUGCAUCAGAGAAUACGGAUACUUUGCAAAGCAAACAGUUAACAUGAAUUUAUUUGUGGCGCAAUUCGGAUUUUGUUGUGUCUAUUUGGUGUUCAUGGCUGAUAACGUAAAGCAAUUUUUCGAUGAGACUUCAACGAUACGUUUAUCAACGAAUACGUGGAUUGCAAUACUGUUGAUACCUGAGGCAGCGUUGUGUACAAUUCGACAGUUGAAGGCAUUAGCGCCAUUAGCUUUUAUGGCGAACAUUGUUUAUAUGGUUGCCUUCUUGAUCGUUCUGAGUUAUCUCUUUACUGAUGCAUUACCGAGCUAUACACUGCCCGCAUUCCCGUCAAAUUGGAGUAACUUACCGUUGUUCUACGGUACUGUCAUGUUCUCGUUCGAAGGAAUCGCUGUGGUGCUUCCUAUCGAGAAUCAAAUGAAUGAACCCUAUCACUUCAUAUCAUCAACUGGUGUCCUUAAUACGUCUUUUAUAUUAGUGUUACUCUUAUAUUUAUUUGUUGGUUUCUUUGGUUUCUUGAAAUUUGGCGAUAGCGUCAGAGAUACAAUGACACUCAAUCUCCCACAAACACCAUUCUAUCAAGUGGUUAAACUGAUGUUCGUUUGUUGCGUUUUGAUAUCAUAUCCACUCCAAUUCUACGUUCCUAUGGAAAGAAUCGAGAAAUGGAUAUCACGUAAAAUACGGAAAGACCGACAAACAUUUCUCAUUUAUUUCAUUCGAGGCUGCGGUGUUCUCUUGACGUGUGUAACAGCUGAAUUAAUUCCUCAUCUGGCGCUUUUCAUCUCGCUCGUCGGGUCAUUCGCAGGAACUGUACUUGCAGUUGUAUUUCCACCAAUUAUUGACCUUCUAUGUUGCUACGCAAUGGGAUGUUUGAGCCGAAAAGUCUGGGCUAUUAACAUAUUUUUGAUGCUUUUCGCAGUGGUUGGAUUUACUACA